CCGGGCCGCCGCCCCCGGGGGUGGGGGGGGAGGGGGAGCCUUCACAGCGAGUCGCUGUCACUGCCCGCCUCGUUAGUGACUGUGCAGAGUCAUGGACUGCUGCAAAAUGAGGAAAGAUAAAGAAUGGCUUUAUCCAACAUUCAUUUUGUGUGUUUAUGGAUUUUUUUCGAUGAUGAAACCUGCAGAGCCCUAUUUGACUCUUUAUCUGGUUGCGCCAAGCAAAAAUUUCACAGUUUACCAGGUGGCUAACCAGAUGUUCCCUGUUUGGACGUACUCUUUUUUGGUAUUGUUGAUCCCAGUCCUCUUGACAACAGACUAUUUCCGUUAUAAACCUAUCAUUGUUCUUCAAGGAUUUUCCCUUGUUAUUAAUUAUGUUUUGCUGCUGUUUGCAAAAAGCAUGUCAGCUAUGUUAUAUCUUCAAGUCAAUAAUGGUCUAGUAUCAGCGACAGAAGUUGGCUACUUUUCUUAUAUUUACAGUGUUGUUAGUCCUACACACUACCGGAAGGUGACCAGUUAUUGCCGGAGUGUCACUUUGGUUGCUUACAUGGUGGGCUCAGCAAUGGCUCAACUCUUGGUUUCUUUAGGAGGUGCCUCAUAUUUCCAUCUGAAUGCAAUCUCGCUGGCAACUAUGUCUAUUGCCUUUCUGACCUCAUUUAUUCUUCCCAUGCCCAGCAAGUUUACAUUCUUCAAAGUCAUAGAUCAACCCCCAUCUAGAAGAAUACAAUCCAAUUCAUCCAGCAGCUUGCAAAUCAUGACAGUUGUCAAGGGAAACUCAGAGAACACUGUCAUCCCCGAAGGAUUCGAGAUAGACAUUAAAGAGUCUGUCAAGACAAAAGAGAAACUUGUUUUUUUGAGGGUACUUAUACAGCUGUGGUAUGAUUUUAAGGUUUGCUAUUCCUCAAAAGCUCUGAUCUACUGGUCUUUCUGGUGGGCCAUGUCUACUUGUGGCUAUUAUCAGGUGUUCAACUACGUCCAAGUGCUUUGGAACAAUAUCGAACCAUCUACAAACUCAUCAGUUUAUAACGGUGCUGUAGAAGCAGCAACAACGCUUGUGGGUGCUGUCUUGUCCUUUGGUGUGGGGUAUAUAACAUUGGACUGGGCCAUCUGGGGAGAGCUGGCAUUGGGCUUCUUCUCUGGAGUCAGCAGUAUUUCUCUGUUUAUUAUGGACUGCACUGACAACAUAUUGAUUUGCUACACCGGUUACAUGAUAUUCAAAGCAUCUUACAUGCUUCUUAUUACCAUUGCCACAUUCCAGAUUGCAUCAAACCUACACAUGCAACGUUAUGCUUUAAUGUUUGGGAUCAACAAUUGCUUAGCGCUUAUACUUCAGACUAUCCUGACCAUUAUUGUAGUUGAUUCAAGGGGCCUGGGACUGGACAUUGUCAUCCAGUUCCUCAUCUAUGGAUGUUACCAUGCUGCGCUUUCUGGAAUAUUCCUAAUAAGGGGAGCGUAUACCCUUGGUCAUUUCAAGAUGAAAAAAUCUCCAAAUAUCCACUUGUCAUUGUCUGAACACCAAAAAGAUGAACCACUUGUGGAAGAGCACUGAAGCAUAGACUAAAAAAGGACCACUGCUGCAAAGAACAUUAAUGCUUUGUGCUGAGAAAGUUCGAAUAAGAGUACAAAAUAGUUUCUGGACUUAGUGCAUCUGUACAAGGACAAAAUCAAGUGCUAUUGAUGAAUUGUGGUUUGGAUGGUGAUGGGUUUCCGCAUGUGUCAGGCACCCGGCUGAUCAAAAAAAAUGAAUUGUAAAAGACUGAUUAGUAGUUAUCAGUGAAAAGUUAUUAAGUACUUUGACUCUAGUACUAGUAUUGCUACUUCAGCAAACAAUAAAGGAGGUGGUGAGUUACUUUGCAUUGCCAAAGCUGAAGACUCAUGUAUUCCUGGCUAGCUGGCCAUUAGAUUUUCACAGCCUCAGUCAUAUCCCUAAGCCUUUUACUCUCGCAGUAUAAUGCUAUAGAGUGUAAAUGCUGAAAGGUUGUGUGAUACAGUGCAACGUAUAAUUAUACUGCUGAAUAAAUCUUGUGUGCCUGACUCUCCAGUGAAUUAUGAUCGUCACCCAUGAAGCCAACGUAAGUUCCCUUGUAUCCCACUCACAUCCUAUAUUCUAUUAAUAGCAUGUGAGGGAGGUUUUCCCAUGAGUGGGAAUAAUUAAGUGAAGUAAGCAUUCUUUAUUUUCCAAAAGAGAAUGCAUAAAAAUGAUGUAGGAAUAUCCAACACACACUGUAGCAAGGUUAUCUUUUUCCAGAUGCUGAAAACAAACUGAAUUUUGAUGUUGUGUUUUCUCUGUUCCUUGGUACUAAUAUUUAAAUUCAGCCAAUUACAGAAUUGAACUGGAAGGGUACAUCAAAGGCAUAACAGUUCUACAGGAUUCAAGGGGUAUGGGGGGGAUAGAGCGGGUUUGAAUGAACAGCUUGUUCUGAGAGCUGGUGCAGACUCAAUGGGCUUAAUGGCCUUGUGUAAACUUCGAUAACUGGAGGUGUAGUAACUUCAGCACUAGGUCAUUAUCGCUUGCCCCAAUGCAAUGAUAUAAGAAUUUAUAUCAAGACUACUUGAGAAUAUUGUGUUGAUUUUGCAAGAAGGUAUUUGUUCCAGUGGUGCGGGAUGAAGGUCAAAUACAAAAAUAAAUGAACACAAUGCUUGUUGCCAA